AUGGAAAUUGGUUAUAUACAACUUGGCAAAAGUGAACCAAAUUCAAUAUGUUAUAUUCAAACAUCUAAUCUUGAUGGUGAAACAAAUCUCAAAGUUCGACAGGGUUUACCACAAACAGCUCAUAUGAUAUCAAGUGUACAAUUAAGAGAUUUACAUGGUGUUAUUGAAUGUGAACUACCUAAUCGAAAUUUAUAUGAAUUUGCUGGAACAUUAAAACUUAAUAAUGUUGCCUUUCCAAUUCCAUUAGGAGCUGAUCAAACACUUUUACGUGGUUCACAAUUAAGAAAUACAGCAUGGAUUUAUGGAAUUGUUAUUUAUAGUGGACAUGAAACGAAAUUAAUGAUGAAUUCAUCUUCUGUGCCUUUUAAACGUACUAAUGUUGAACAAGUGACUAAUAGUCAAAUUUUAUUUUUACUUGGACUUUUGAUUAUCAUAUGCACAUUCAGUACAAUAGCUGGAGAAAUCUGGAAUUAUCAAAAUAAAAUAGCACAUUGGUAUCUUGGAUUAACACAAUCUGCUUCAGAUAAAACAGCUAGUGCAGUACCGAAUCAUUUCGGUUAUACAUUCUUAACAUUCUUUAUUUUAUUUAAUAAUUUAAUUCCUAUUUCAUUACAAAUUACAGUUGAUCUUGUUAAAUUUAUUCAAGCCUAUUUUAUUAAUUGGGAUAUCGAUAUGUAUGAUAGAGAAACUGAUACACCAGCAAGUGCAAGGACGUCGAAUUUAAACGAAGAACUUGGACAAGUGAAAUAUAUUUUUUCGGAUAAAACUGGUACAUUAACAAAAAAUGUUAUGGUUUUUAAACAAUGUACUAUCGGUGGUAUUAUGUAUGGAUCUGGAAAUGUUGCAGAAUUUAGUAGUUAUGAAUUACUAAAAAAUUUAGAACAACAUAAUACUAGUGACCAAAUUCGAGAAUAUCUUACUCUUCUUGCAACAUGUCAUACAGUGGUACCAGAAAAUAAAAUGCAUGCUGAUUCAUUAAAUGAUAUUGUUUAUCAAGCAUCAUCUCCAGAUGAAUAUGCAUUAGUAACAGCAACAAAAGAUAUGGGCGUUGUAUUUUUUCGUCGUACACCCGAUAGUGUGAUUAUUAGCUUUCGAGGUGAAGAAGAAAAAUAUGAAAUUUUAAAUGUAUUAGAAUUCAGCAGUGAUCGUAAACGCAUGAGUGUUAUUGUUCGAACACCAAAAAAUCAAAUUAAAUUAUAUUGUAAAGGCGCUGAUAGUGUUAUUAUGGAACGUCUUGUAUCAGAUGAUCCUAAUGUUCCAUUAACAACGGAACAUUUAGAAAGUUUCGCUAAAGAUGGUCUUCGUACAUUAUGUCUUGCUUAUCGAAUAUUAACAGAUGAUGAAUAUAAUGAGUGGUUAGUACAAUAUCGUGGAGCAUCAACUGCAAUUAAUAAUCGACAUGAAUUAGUUUGUGAAGUAGCUGAAAGAAUUGAAAAAAAUUUAAUUUUAUUAGGCGCUACUGGAAUUGAAGAUAAAUUACAAGAUAGUGUUCCUGAAAGCCUUUCAAUGUUAUUAAAAGCUGGUAUUAAGAUUUGGGUAUUAACUGGAGAUAAAAAAGAGACAGCAAUAAAUAUUGGUUAUUCAUGUAAACUUUUAUCAGAUCAAUUACUUAAUUUAACACUUGAUGAAGCAACACUUGAUGACACUCGACGACAAUUACGUGAACAUUGUCUAACAUUUGGUGAUUCAUUACGUAAAGAAAAUCUUGCAUCACUUGUUAUUGAAGGAAAAACACUUAAAUAUGCAUUAUCACCACCAUGUCGACAAGAUUUUCUUGAUUUAGCUAUAUCAUGUAAAACAGUUAUUUGUUGUCGGUAAUGCAAUAAAUAAAUA